AGAGGCUGGGCUUUGGGUUGCAGCUCAAGGUUUCUGCUCAACCGCAGGCUCCGAGCUUGGGGGAAAGCAUGGGGAUGGGGACCCUUACCUGACAUGAAUCAGGCAGCAGAGCCACGUCUCUGUAGACCACCGGAACGAACGGGCAAAGAAUCAUCUCCCACAGCCUAAUUGUAGUUUUGAUCAACCCUCCCCAUCUCUGGCCUCUGCUGCACUCUUUGCCCUCCGCGGGAGUAGAGACCACCACUCCCCCACCACCGGAACCCAUCUCAGAUCUUCUUCCCAAUCACUUCCUGAGAAAAUGAACCUCAGAAUGAGCUAACCCAGCAUGAUGACUACAAGUUCUGUGUGAAACUAUUUCGGCUUGUGUUGGAAGAUGGAUCACUCAGAGAGAGAUUUCAACCUUAAAGUCGUCCUGGUCAGCUUCAAGCAGUGUCUCACUGAUGAGGGAGAGGUGCUGCUGGACCACUACAUGGACAGCUGGAAGGGACUUGUCAGGUUUCUGAACAGCCUGGGGGCUGUCUUCUCAUUCAUUUCCAAGGAUGUGGUUUCAAAGCUGCAGAUAAUGGAGCAUUUGAGAAGCAGCCCACAGGCUGAACACUACACUAGCUUGCAGUCCAUGGUAGCCUACGAGGUGAGCAACAAGCUGUUGGACAUAGAUCGCCACUCCCGUCCACGACACCCUAACUCGGGCUGCCGGACUGUGCUGCGCCUACAUCGUGCUCUGCACUGGCUACAGCUGUUCCUGGAAGGCCUGCGCACCAGCUCUGAGGAUGCUCGUACCUCCACACUCUGCAGUGAGGCCUAUAAUGCCACACUGGCUGCCUAUCACUCCUGGAUAGUACGGCAAGCUGUCACUGUGGCCUUCUGUGCCUUGCCCUCACGCAAGGUCUUCCUUGAGGCCAUGAAUGUUGGGUCCUCUGAGCAAGCAGUGGAGAUGCUGGGAGAGGCCCUGCCCUUCAUUGAGCGUGUGUAUGACAUCUCCCAGAAGCUCUAUGCUGAGCAUUCUCUGCUAGACCUGCCCUAGUAGUGGUAACCAUACUGUGUAGACUUCCUCUGCUCAGGACUGGAUUUGGGCAACCUGGAACUACUCCCACAGCAGUGCCUUCUGGGUACUACUGUCACUCCUGACAGCUGAACUUGUUGAGGGCCACAGUCUGUGAAAAGAAAGGUGGUGGGCAGCUGAACCGAGAAAGGUGGGUGCUGGUCAUCCUCUCAGUCCAGGAUGAGACAGUUGAACUCCAGUUUUGCCCUCCGCUUUAGUUAUGUGUGUGUUCAGCGAGGCUUGAUUGAAGUGCAGAUGGCAGAUGGAGAAGAUGGGGGCUGGGGGUGUCAUGUAUCUGCAACAACCCAAGGUUGCUCUACCUCUUGUGUAGAAUCUGAAAUGGUAUAAGGACACAGGACCCUGGAGCUGUCUUCCCCAUAACCAGCAUGCCCAGCCAUUGUGUAUCCUGCUCCCAUCUUGAGCCUCAGACAUGGCACUGGUGCCAGGCAAACAUUCCUGGGCCUACAUGCCUGGGGCCCCUUCAUAUUUCAAAUGAUGUCCUUGGGUAAGAUGAAGUUCCUCUGGCAGUGGCAUGAGUACUGAAGGCUCUUUUCCUGCCCUUCAUCUGCUUCCUUGUUAGUCUCUCUACACACCAAACAGGGCCCUUGUCUCCUUGGAAAUGGAAAUUGUAUGAAACCGAUAGCUGAGACUUCUAUAGGAAAGUCUGUCCUGGUCAGUACAGCUUGUUUCACAGCUUCUGUAGUCCAGUUCCAUCAGCCUUCUGAAGGUGGCCUCUUACAGUACAUGCACCCCCCAAGAUUCUAAGAUGUCAAUAUUAACUGGCCAAACCAUACCUCUCUCUAGCCAGCCCUGCUGCUCCUGUUGCUAUGGUAUCCAGAUGACUCAGGACAUGACUCAUGGAAGGGGCUAGGCCCCUUUGUCUGACAGAUGGCCAUACCCAGCAUGGCUGAUAACCAGUGUAUAAGACCCUAAACUUUAUUACUGGGUCUUAAUGUUAAACCCUAGGACAGUAUCCUCAGCAUAGCUGAUGUGUGUAAAUGCAAACUUUGGGGCAUAUCUCUUUCCUUAAGAACUGUGAUAUAUGUAGUAUUUCCAACAUAAAUAAAUUAUACCUACAUGAUUGGGUAUAGCAUUCUGGGAUGGGUCA